UACAAACAUUAAGUGAACCAAGUAUUAAUUAUUACUAUGUUAAUAAAUAGUUAGCUGCAUAAACACGCACACCACACAACAGGAAGUUUUUGUUGUUGUGAGGCCUAGUUUUGGCUGAAGUACAGCGAGCUACUCGCUGUAGCUGCUAUGCCUCCCUCUCCAGCUCGCUCCAUCUCCAGGAUUUACAUAGGCUGAUUUCCGUGGGAAGCGCGAAAGCAGCGGAGCCUCCAUGGCAGACUUUCAGGAACGGAGGAAACUACAGAAACGACCCAUCGAAAAGUAUUAACGUCACAGUUUUCUCGCGUUUUCCAACUCGGACACACUACUUGCACUAUAACUGCCGGAUUUAUCGUCUCCUUCAGAUUGUUUAACUCAGGAAACCGUGUGUUUUCUGGGGCUGUGGCGAUGGCCGGUGGCGGCGGGGUGUCGCCGCUGGGGCUAGCACCUCCGUUGUGGUAUCACCGGGACCUGAGUCGUGCUGCUGCCGAGGAGCUGCUGGCCCGCGCGGGACGCGACGGGAGUUUCCUGGUUCGGGACAGCGAAAGUGUUAACGGGGCGUACGCUUUGUGUGUGCUUUUCCAGAAGCAUGUCCACACCUAUAGGGUUCUACCAGAUGAAGAGGGAUUCUUGGCAGUCCAGACAUCUCAGGGGGUGCAGCCGAAGCGGUUUAAGAGCCUCCCAGAGCUGGUCCUGUUGUACCUCCAGCCCAGCCAGGGACUGGUCAGCACUCUGCUCUAUCCCGUAGACAGAGAGGAGAGCAUCCCAGAGGACAGGGACUACUCAGAUGGGGAAGAUGAGAAGCCACCACUUCCUCCUCGUUCCGCCUCCACCCCACCUACAGGCUCCUCCCCAGAGACACCCACUGACAGCACCCCUGCUGCUAACGGCCUGAGCACCAUUUCCCAUGAGUAUCUGAAGGGAAGCUACGCUCUGGACCUGCAGGCUGUCAAACAGGGAGCCAGCUCUCUGCCCCACCUCAACAAGACACUGGUGUCCUCCUGCAAACGCCUCAACGGGGAGGUGGAUAAGGUUCUGUCUGGCCUGGAGAUCCUGUCCAAGGUGUUUGACCAACAGAGUGCCUUCAUAGUGUCCAAGAUGAUACAGCAGUCGGUGAAUCAGGGAGGAGAUCAGGAGUUGGAGAAUCUGGUCACUAAACUGGCUAUCCUCAAAGACCUACUGUCUUCUAUAGAGAAGAAGGCUCUGAAGGCUGUGCAAGAUAUGAGUUUGUCCACUCUCUCCUCUCCUCCUCCUCUCACACGCCACAGCAAAACCAUCCCUGUACAGGCCUUUGAGGUGAAGUUGGAUGUGUACCUGGCAGACCUGACUAAGAUAGGGAAGAGUCAGAAGCACAGUCUGUCUGUGGACGUGGAGGGAGGGAAGCUAGUGGUGAUGAAGAAGAUGAAGGACAACCAGGAGGACUGGAACACCUUCACACACCACAAGAUCCGUCAGCUGAUAAAGUCUCAACGUGUUCAGAACAAGCUGGGUAUCAUGUUUGAGAAGGACAAGGAGAAGAGCCAGAGGAAAGACUUCAUCUUCGCCAGCGCUAAGAAGCGGGAGGCUUUUUGUCAACUGCUGCAGCUGAUGAAGAACAAACAUUCCAACCAGGACGAGCCAGACAUGAUCUCCAUCUUUAUAGGGACCUGGAACAUGGGUUCUGUGCCCUCCCCCAAGGCGGUGGGUUCCUGGCUGUUGUGUCGUGGGCUGGGAAAGACGCUGGAUGAGAUGACCGUAACUAUUCCUCAUGACCUCUACGUGUUCGGAACGCAGGAGAACUCUGUGUGUGACCGUGAGUGGGUCGACUCACUCCGCACCGCACUCAAAGAACACACAGAGCUGGAUUACAAACCGAUCGCGAUCCAGACUCUGUGGAACAUUAAGAUAGCGGUGCUGGUGAAACCAGAACAUGAAAACCGCAUCAGUCAUGUGGGAGUGUCCAGUGUUAAAACGGGCAUUGCUAAUACGCUGGGUAACAAAGGGGCAGUGGGCGUGUCUUUCAUGUUUAAUGGAACUUCCUUCGGCUUUGUGAACUGUCACCUGACAUCAGGCAACGAAAAGAUCGCCAGGAGGAACCAGAACUACCUGGAUAUCCUGCGACUGCUCUCUCUAGGAGAUAAACAGCUGAGCUCCUUUGACAUCUCUCUACGCUUCACACACCUCUUCUGGCUGGGAGACCUCAACUACAGGCUGGACAUGGACAUACAGGAGAUCCUGAACUACAUCAACAGGAAAGAGUUUGAUCCUCUGCUGAAGGUGGACCAGCUCAACCUGGAGAGAGAGAAGAACAAGGUGUUCCUUCGCUUCGCGGAGGAGGAGAUAUCCUACCCACCCACCUACCGUUAUGAACGCGGGUCUAGGGAUACAUACGUGUGGCAGAAACAGAAGGCCACAGGGAUGAGGACUAACGUCCCGUCUUGGUGUGACAGGAUCCUAUGGAAGUCUUACCCUGAGACUCACAUUGUCUGUAACUCCUAUGGCUGUACAGAUGACAUGGUGACCAGUGACCACUCCCCAGUGUUUGGUACGUUUGAGGUGGGGGUCACCUCGCAGUUCGUCUCCAAGAAAGGUCUGCCUAAGUCCUCUGAACAGGCCUAUAUAGAGUUUGAGAAUAUUGAGGCCAUAGUGAAGACGGCCAGCAGAACCAAGUUCUUCAUCGAGUUCUACUCUACCUGCCUGGAGGAGUUUAAGAAGAGUUAUGAGAAUGACAGUCAGAGCAGUGACAACGUCAACUUCCUGCGUGUGGGCUGGACCAAUAAGCAGCUGACCACGCUGAAGCCCCUCCUCUCUGAGAUAGAAUAUCUCCAGGACCAACACCUGCUGCUCACCGUCAAGUCACUGGAUGGCUACGAGUCUUAUGGAGAGUGUGUGGUGGCUCUGAAGUCGAUGAUAGGCAGUACAGCACAGCAGUUCCAUACUUACCUGUCCCACAGAGGGGAGGAGACGGGCAACAUCAGAGGUUCUAUGAGGGUCCGCGUGCCAGCAGAGAGGAUGGGCACCAGGGAGAGGCUCUAUGAGUGGAUCAGUGUGGAUAAAGAUGAGACGGGACCCAAAGGCAGAUCCACUCUGCCCCCCCGAUCAGGACACGACUACGUAAAGCCGUCUUUGACACGCAAAGACGUGGGGGCGGAGCUUGGGAAGGUGAGCGAGGAAGUGGAGAGGAGCACCAAGGAGGAGGGGACUGCAGCCAGGGCUAAGCAGGACUCUGCAGAGGGAGACCCCUCCACCUGUAAAAACAACAGCUACAAUAACCCCGCCUACUACAUCCUGGAGGGUGUUCCUAACCAAUCAGCUGCCUCCCUGUCCCCAGAGCUCCUCCCCUCCUGCUCCCCCCCGGCUGGUAAGGCACUCCCGCCAGGAGGGGGCAGAGGGAAGCCCCCCUCAGGGUCAUCCCAACCCCGCAGGCACAACACGGCUGGGCACCCUGUUCGGCCCAUCAGUGAGGAAGGGUCCCAAGAGGAUGAUGGGAGUGUGGGGGUGGGGUCAGGGGGAGGGGCAGCCCAUGGGGGAGGAGUGGGAGGCACACUGAACCGUCCUCCUCCUGACUUCCCCCCUCCCCCCCUCCCUAAAGGAGUACUGGAGAUGGCCGACACCUCCUUCUCUAAACCCCGCCCCCUGUACCCCGACCUGGCCGAGGUGAAGAUCCCCGCAGCCAAUCCCACUCCUGCCUUUGUCCUGGGGGAGGGCUUUAGGAGGGGAGCGGGAGGGGCCGGGGGGCUGGACGACCAAUCGUGUUCGGUGCUGCAGAUGGCGAGGACACUGAGUGAGAGCGAGUACCCCCCUCCUCCCCGUGCCCCCUCUGCACCCCCCCACCUCAGAGGCCAGGGGUUGGGGGACGCCUGUCGCACGUUCCCUCCCCGAGCCCCCAUCACAGAGAGCAUCGCUGAAGACCUACCAGAGGAGGCGCUGUGGGGAAGCAGUAGCUCGUCUCUGUCCGUGGGGGAGUCGUCUGUGGGAGAGUGGCUACAGAGUCUGGGCCUGGAGUGCUAUGAGGCGGGGCUGCUACACAACGGCUGGGAUGACCUGGAGUUCCUCAGUGACAUCACAGAGGAGGACCUGGAGGAGGCGGGCGUUCUAGAUCCCGCCCACAAAAGGAUUCUGCUGGAGAGCCUGAGACAGCAGAAGUGAGCUGAACCGCUCUGAACCGGUCCGAACCGAUCCAUACUGGGCCAAACCCAGCUGACCCUAGUGGAGACGUGCUAAUCCAUGCCAGACUUUGCCUUGUGAGAGAAAUUGCACUCCCUCCAUUAUACUUUAUGUUGACAAACUGAUUUAUCAAAAGUCCUUUUUUUAUUUUUAUGUAUUGUGCUGUGUGUAAGUAUCUAUGUUAUUAUAACUGUGGCUGUUUUGUGAGCCAGCUUUAUUUAAACAGUACAAACAUUUCAGUCCUUUGUUAAGCAUCACAACGUGGUCCUCUACCCUUCUACUCCCCUAACAGACCCCUGUCCAACACCCCCCUAACAGACCCCUGUCCAACACCCCCCUAACAGACCCCUGUCCAACACCCCCCUAACAGACCCCUGUCCAACACCCCCCUAACAGACCCCUGUCCAACACCCCCCUAACAGACCCCUGUCCAACACCCCCCUAACAGACCCCUGUCCAACACCCCCCUAACAGACCCCUGUCCCAACACCCCCCUAACAGACCCCUGUCCCAACACCCCCCUAACAGACCCCUGUCCCAACACCCCCCUAACAGACCCCUGUCCCAACACCCCCCUAACAGACCCCUGUCCAACACCCCCCUAACAGACCCCUGUCCAACGCCCCCCUAACAGACCCCUGUCCAACGCCCCCCUAACAGACCCCUGUCCAACACCCCCCUAACAGACCCCUGUCCAACACCCCCCUAACAGACCCCUAUCCCAACACCUCCCACCCC